UUCGAAGAUAAAGAAAACACGACAAUUGUGAGCGGUGCAACGCGGUACAAUCAAACCGGUGCUGUGACAUUCCUGCCAUUUCGUUAUGGUCAAACAGCGAAUGCCCAGCUAGCCCAUCAGCUGACCCUUACCGAUGAUAGUUUUAUGUUGCUUGGCUCACAACUCGGUUCAGCGUUCGGUUAUGCCAUCGAAGUAACUGAUCUCAAUAACGAUGGGUCAGUGCUUCAACAUUAUUUGCUUGAGAGAAUAAGAAUUAUAAUAUGA